AGACGCAGAAACUUUUAUUUGGAGAGGUUGGACAGCACUUGGUGCUCCGAGGGGACUGAAAGAUAAGCUGAAAAGAAAAACUACCUCAAACCAUAAGGGGAUGACUUCCGCAGAACACCCCACUCCUUGGAAACAUUCAGAAGACGAUGUCAGCUCAGUCUCUUCCUGCAGCAACGCCCCCUACCCUGAAGCCCCCUCGGAUCAUCCGCCCCCGACCCCCAUCUCGGCAUAGGGCUCCACAUUCCCCAGGGCCUCCCCAAAAUGGCUCCUCUCCGAAACCACUUCCUCAAAUAUCCAAUGAUGCCUCAGCCUCAGUGUGCACCUCCAUCUUCUGGGAGCCUCCCACGACUUCCCUGAAGCCCCCUGCUCUUCUGCCCCCCUCGGUUUCUAGAGCCAGCCUGGACUCUCAGACUUCCCCUGAUUCACCUCCCAGCACACCGAGUCCCAGUCCAGUGUCCCGGCGCUCCAUCUCCCCAGAACCAGCUCCCUGCUCUCCUGUGCCCCCACCCAAGCCCUCUGGGUCUUCCCGAACACCUCUGCCCUUGGGCUCUAUGCCUCUCCAGGAUGGCUCUGCCUCAGCCCCUGGCACAGUUCGAAGACUGGCAGGCAAGUUUGAGUGGGGAGCUGAAGGCAAGGCCCAGUCCUCAGACUCCCUGGAGCGGUGCUCCCAGGGGAGCACGGAUGUGAAUGGGGAGAAAGAGACUCCCCAAGUUGUCCUUACUGGAAAUGGGUCCCAGGAGAACGGCACUCCCGAUGCUGCCCUGGCCUGCCCUCCAUGCUGCCCCUGUGUCUGCCAUGCAGCAAAGCCCGGCCUGGAGCUCCGAUGGGUGCCUGUGGGGAGUUCUGACGACAUCCUCAGGGUCCCCUGCCGAGCAUCCCCACUCCGAGCCUCCCGCUCCCGCAUCAACCCUCCAGUCAUCAGUCACCCUCCAGUUGUGCUCACAUCCUAUCGCUCCACUGCGGAGCGCAAGCUCCUACCUCCCCUCAAGCCCCCCAAGCCAACUAGAGUCAGACAGGAUACAAGCACCUCUGGGGAGCUUCCACAGCCAGACCUGGAACUGCCUUCAGAAGACGGGAUCCAAACAGCUCCAAAGGCCUGGGAAGGGGACAGACCUGAAGAAGCUCCUCAGAAUGCUCCUCCUGUAGCCUUGGAGGGAAGUCCAGAUGAAUACUACCUUAUUCAGCCCCAUCACCUGACCUCUGUCCUGUUCCACACAAGCCUUUUUUCCCCUCCUCAGGUUGGCUUAAGGGGCUUCCUGGAGCCUUUCCUGCCCAACUGGUGUGUGAAGUUACAGGAGAACAUGAAAGGAGGAAGCAUCUUCGCCAGCAUCAGAAGCUCCUUGAGGCUGUAGGACCCUCUUCAGGCACUCCUGACACCCCUCAACCUUAGGGCAGGCUAGGGAAGAACACUGUUUGGGAUACUGGGAGCAGCAUGGGGAAGACAAAGUCUGCCCAUCCAUCCGUCCAUCCAACCAUCCAUCUGUCUAUCCAUCCAUCUACUUGCUGUCAGUGGAAACACUACCUCUAGAGGCAACCAAUAGGGAUAGAGCAGCUAAUGAAACAAGACCAUCUGAGCCCACAAGAAGAAAGACUGGGGAUGGCUCGAAUGUUGCCAGUGGAGGCAGAGGCUAAGUACAGAGUGGCCAAGGCUGAGGCUCUGGCCAGUGAGUAUCACAGUAUGUCCACUAUCAAGGAAGAUGAAGCAGGGGCAUUGCACUGAGAAAUGGCAUCACUGGAGUGGUCUUGUAGACAACAGGAUGGGAUGGGACUCAUCCAGCCAAAGACGAUGGUGAUUUGGGACCAAGAGACCAGUAGUCACUCUUGUUGGUUUUACAGAAGCCACUGGUCCUGCUUUUUGAGUAUAGGAAGUAUUAAAUUAAUCUAAUACUUCUGUUUUGGGGCUACUUUCUCUGCCCUUUUAAACAACUUCCUUUCUUCUAGAAGAAUCCAGAGUGCAUCUCAGAGAACAUGAGUGCAUGUGUGUCCAUGUAUAUAUGUAUCUAGGAAGGCAACUUUGCCGAAUGUGUGUGUGUGUGUGUGUGUGUGUGUGUGUGUGUGAGAGAGAGAGAGAGAGAGAGAGAGAGAGAGAGCGCAUACCUCUCCUAUCAGAGACUGAAUACUUCCUUUCCUUUUUUUAUUUCACAUUUAUCCUCUUAUUUCCCUAGAAGCCAUAUGCCUUGAGUUCUAAAAGGGAAUACUGAGCAUAGCUUGCCCAAAGACUGGGACUGUGAAUGCAAGCCAUGGAUUCUGGGUCUCUUGGGUCUCUCUGGGUUCUAUGACAGUUGAAGGGUGGUAUUAUGAAGCACUUGGUGGCCUGCCAAGGAGGACACUGAGGACUAAGCAGCUGGGAUUCGAGAUCCUCUGCAGUCUGUGGACCUCUUCCUGUCCCAGGCAAUUGACCUGUUUGAUCCAUGUCUGUUCUGCAUCUUCUCCCAACUUGAAUUGUCAUCAUGGUGUCAGCCAGCUCAGCCUCAGGCUGCAGAACAAGUUGGGUCCUGGGCCAGCCAACAACCAUCCUCAGCUUCUUCUCUCCUGAUCCUCUCAGAAGCAGAAGGCCGGACUCGGGAGGGAGUAGAGAGCUGGUGGUGGUGCUCAGACUCAGCCACGGUUUCUGCUUGAGAAUCUGUCCCGUGUGAUGCUGGAGAGGUGAAGGCAAAGACAGUAGAACAGACAAUUCCUGGGUUGGGGUCCAGACCUGGGCAAAGGCUUUCUAAAUCUUCAUGACUGUGCAACACUGUUCCUUCAUGUAUGACAACCUGCGCAGGUGGAGAGUGCCUAGAUGACUAUGGGAGGGGGAUGACUCUGGGGACUUGAAGGCAGAAGGGCACUUUGCGUGUCCACAGCUUUCAUCCAACAAAGUGCCAGCCACAUGGGAAACCCUCAAUAAAUGUCAGUGGCAUCAUA